AUGGCCAGUAGUGCAAAGCCGUGGAAUAGUGUGAAUAUGAUGGUGGUCAUGUUUUUGUUGAUAUGGGUUUCAUGGGUAGUAUCAGGAGCACCUGCACCUGACUGUAACACAGCUUCCAAAUAUCUGACUCCCUGCUCCAACUAUCUGACAAAGGGAAGUCCCUUACCAAAGAUAAAUGAUCCAUGCUGCCAAGGCGUGCGCAGACUGUAUAAGCAGGGGGCCACUCAACAGGAGAGGCAGCAGAUUUGCCAGUGUUUGAAGAACUCUGCUACCAAUCUCAAACUGAAUGACAAAGCUGUGGCCAGCCUUGCUCCUGAUUCCUUGAAACGGUAUAUCAGCACUCAGCUUUCGCAUACGUAUUAG